AUGGAGGGCUCCCAUGGCGCUGAGUGUGACAGGGCAUCCGAGACCUCGUCCUUCAUAGGAGAUGAAGAAGAAGAGGAGGAAGAGGAGGAGGAAGAGGAGGAGGAAGAAGAGGAGGACGAGGAGGCCGUGGACCCAGAGGAAGCAGAGGAGCUGACUAACAGUUUUAAAGAUCUUGUCCAAAGUGAAGAUGUGAAACCCAAGCUGCAGUACAUCAUGACUAACCCUUCCUUUUCUAUGAUAACAUGCCAAAGUGAAGACAGUGGGAUAACCUGGGAAACCAGCUCAAGCAGAUGUUCUACUCCCUGGACCUCAGAAACUAGUACAGCUUCUGAUCUUUACAGCAUGGAAAGUUCACCAGUAGGUUCUCCUCCAGGAAAAGUUAUCUUUAUUAUGGAUGAAGGCAAGAUCGUUCGGAAAAGGACACGUAAAUCUUCAAAUAGGGUAGCAGUGGCUACAAGACCAAAAGGAAGCCAGUCGAAUAAAAAACGUGACUCUUCUGGAAUGCAGAGACAAGAACCAAGAACUGUUCUAGGAGAUGUACAAGCCUCCGUGUUGAAUGUAGAGCAGGUGGAAGCACAAGACACAGAUGAGGAAAUUCUGGACAACAAAGAAGAUCUAGAGAAUAUUGCAGAAGAACCUGUAAAACGUGCUCCAAUAAGAUCAAUAUUUAGGGAGAGCAGACUGAGAAAAGUCGGUCCAAUUCUUGGAGGACCAGUACAAGCUAGAAUCCAGCUGUUCAACUCAAUUUUUGGAGGGACUGGGCAAGCCGCUGAAACAUUGGAGAAAAACAGAAUCCGGAGAAGUAGUUCAGCUUCAGGAGAUUCUGAAAAGUUCCUUGAAACAUCAGUAAAAGAAAGAUUGCAGAAGUUUGGUUCACUUUCAGAAGCAACACGUCCAAAACAUUUUCAGGGAGCAAGAUCUAAAAUUCUUGAAACACCUUCAGAGAGAAGAAGGAAGCUAAGACAACAACUCACAGAACAAGCAAAUCAAAGCUUUUCUUCAUCAAUACCACCUCUUGAAAAACAGCUUGCUGAGAAAAAUGAGGUUUCCUCUGAAAAUAUUGAGCCUUAUAAAAUGAAAGAAUCAAUUCUUGAACAUGAAGAAAGAAAAGAGAGACAGCCUCUUUUGGAGACUCCAAAGCAGGUUUCAGGACAUUCACUGAAGAAUGAAGAAAAAGCCAGGAAGCAGCAAAGUCAUUCAGCCAUGGCCAGAACAUCAAUAACAGAGUCAACAACCUCCACAUCACUGAAGUCUGAUGAGAAACAAGUGCUGCUUCCCUCAGCCAAAAAUGCAAACAAGAAGCCAGACCAAUCUCUGCUGACAGCAUCAGACCAUCGGGAUGAAAUGAAGAAGCAGGAAGUUCAGCCCAAUUCUGCACCACAGUCUGUUUCAGCAGAUUUUGAUAGUGAAUCAGAUAGACCAAGUUCCCAGCAUAUUUUGCCUACAGAAUCUAUGUCAAAACAUCUUGAGAGGGACACAGAGAAGUCUUACUUACCUGAUAUUCCCUCAGCUAAAUCCAAAUAUUCCACUUCAAUUGAAAUAACUCAGGAAGAUAUUAUUUCUCAGUCAUCAGAAACUGCACAGUCUGAGUCUGAACAUGUGCUUUUAACAUAUUCUGGAAAUGAGACAGAGAAGCAAGAAACUAAGUGUCCAUCAUCCACAACUGCACUGUCAGAGUCAAUGACUUCAGAUCUAAUGUAUUCAGCUGAAAAAGAAGAGCGUCAAAAGAUUCCAUCCUCAGAAACUCAAAAUGUUCAUUUGGAGAACCAAACAAAGUCUGAACAAGGCUUUUCACUUCAGGAAACAGACAAGCAAGGAAUUAAGUUAAAACCACCAGUUCCUGAAAGUAUAGAUUCCAAAUAUUUCAGCAUUUCGUAUCCUGAUCAGACAGAAACAGAGGAAACACAGAAAACUUCAACUAUAAAUAAAGCAGUAGAUUUUGAUAAUUCUGAUUUUUCCAUUGAAGAAGACAAACAAGCAGAAGGUGGGCAAAUGGAGGUGGAACAUUCAGAUCUCUCAUGUUCCACCAAAGAAACUGGAGAGUCAGAGACAACACAGAUGAAGACAGAGCAUCUGGACUUCUCUUCUCCCAAGGAAGAAACAGAGGAAUUGAAGGAUGCACAGAUGGAGAUGGAGCAUCCAGAUUUCUCUUUUUCCAGAGAAGAAAUAGAGGAACCAGGAAGUGAACAGCUAGAGACAGAACUUCCAGAUUUCUCAUAUUCCAAGGAAGAAGUAGAGGCAUCAGAGAGUGCAAUACCAGAUACAGACUAUCCAGAAUUGCUUUUUUCCACAAAAGAAACAGAGAAAUCAGGGAGAUCACAAGUGGAAACAGAACAACCAGAAUUUUCUUCCAAAGAAGAAACAAAGGAACCAGAGAAUGCACAGCUGGAAAUGGAGCAUCCAGACUUCUCUUUUUCCAGGGAAGAAAUGGAAGAAUCAGAUAGUGCAGAGCUGGAGACAGAGCACUCAGAUCUAUCAUAUUUCAGAGAGGAAAAGGUGGAAUCAGAGAGUGCACAGCUGGAGAUCAGUCAUCCAGACUCUUCUUUAACCAAGGAAGUAGUCAAGGAAAUGCAAAGUGGGCAGCUGGAAAAGGAGCAUCAGGUUUUGCUUUUCAGGGAAGAAACAGAAAACCAAGCAUUCAGUCCUUUUGAACUGGAACAGUCUUAUUCCCCUGAAAAAGAAGAACAAGGAGAAGAAGAAGAACUUGUGCUGGAACAUUCAGAUUUAUCAUGUUUGAUGGAGGAAGCAAAGAAAGAAAAUACUACAGAACUCCAGUUGGUACAUCCAGAUAUAUUUGAUUCCACUGGAAGGGCUAAGAUGCAACAAACUGAGUAUCUGGAAACAUCAUUUUCAGAUUUACCAUAUCCCAAAGAGAAAACAACGGAGCAAGAACUGUCACAAACUGACAGAGAGCAGCCACAGCCUGUACAGCAGGAUUCACAGUCUGGAGGUAAGCUGGAUUCUUCUGCAAUGGCAAUGAAAGGAGAAAUUGCUCAACUGGAGUCAGAGCAUCCAGCCUGGCCACAUUCUACCAGAAAAGAACAGGAACAUAAAACUUCACAGCUGAGGGCAAAACAGCCAGAGACAACAUCUUCCAUUGGCAAAACAGAACAUCAAAAAUUGCAACCAAAGCUGGAACAAACUGAUUUACUGCAUUCCCAGGGAAAAACGGUAGAAGCUGUACAGAUAAACUUAGAAGGUCCAGAGCCAUCGUGUUUCAAUAGUGAAGCAGAGCAACAUGAAAAUUUACAAGUAGUUUCAGAAAAAAAGGAUUUCUUAUUUAUCACUGGAGAAGUGAUGCAAAAAGGAGUGGAGUCAGGAACUUUGCAGCCACAACUGACUGACAGAGCAAAGCCCUGGGAAAUGACACAAAGGGAGCAGGAGCAGUCUUCUCCUUCCUGUUCCACUGCUGGUAGUCAGCAACAGGAAAUACCACCACUGAAAGUGCCCCAGCCAGAUGUUUCAUGGUCCUUUGGCAGAACAGAACAAAAUACAGCACAAAGAGAGGUGAAACAGCAGGAAACAGACCAAGAAGAAGCUGUGCAAAUGGAAAUAGAUUAUUCAGUUAUUUCAGAAAGCCUGGGUAAAGAGGAGGUCAUAGACCAAAUUAAUUUGGCACAGCAAGAAAUAGCUCAGCCAGGGUUAGUGCAUCCAUCUCUGCCAUAUUCAUGCAGUAAACAAAUGCAAGAAGAAAUGCAAACAGAGCCAGCGUAUGCAGAAAAAACAUUUUAUGUAAGUACAGAACCAAAGAAGGAAAUUAUGCAACACAAAGCACAGCAACAAGAAAUAGUACAUCCAGAGCUGAAGCAAACGUUUUUGCUUUCUUCCAGUGAAAAAGAAGCUCCACUGGAAAUGGAAAUAAGUUCAGAAUAUCCAAAUUUGCCAUAUUCCUCUCAUGAGCAAGAAAAAUUAUUGAAAAACCCAACCUUACCAUUCCAUUUAAAGCAACUAGAAACUGAACCAGUAAUGGUGGAACAUCCAGAUAUUUCAUGUGACAGUGGUGAAUCAAAACAAGGUGACAUUGUGGAGCAGGGGUCAGGAUAUCCAGAGCUCUCAUACUCCAUGGGAGAAACUCAGCAAAAAUCAGAACAUUUGGAUUCACAAGAAAGCCUGGGUGAAGCAGCACAAGAUGCAAGUAUGGAAGUAGAAUCUCAAUAUCCAAAUCAGUCACGCUCACAAUUGGAUUCAAAAUAUUCAGAUUCAUCAAUCUCCUUUGGUAAAGGCAAAGAGAAAUCAACUCAAAAGUUUGAGUCUAAACAUCAAGAAUUGCCUAAAGUAGCUAGAAAAAGAGCUUCUCCAGCAACUGCACAAAUAAAGUCAGAACAUCUGGAAAUUGCUCCGUGGGAAAUGAAGCAUCUUGAUUUGUCACAUUCCACUGGUAAGACAAGCCAAGAAGAAGUAGCACCAUUGGAUCAAAAACAAAGAAAACUUUCUCUUGGCAGAGAAAAACAGCAGAAAGCCACAAAGCAGGAGUUAGAGCAAGAAAAGUUAACACAUUCUCCUGUUAAAAGGGACACUUUAGAACAUGCCCAGGAGGGCUUGGAACAACCAAAUUUAUCAUUUUCCAUUGAUAGGCCAGAUGAUAAAAUGACACCAUCAGAGGCAGAGCAUACUGCUGUGGUAUCUCCUCUGGACAGCAUAGAGGCACAACGGAGAGUACAAGAAACAAAGCAAAUUUAUCCCUUUGGACAAAUGGAACAGAAAAUAGUUCAGCCAGAAGUGGAACUUUCACGUUUGUCACGUUCUGUGGAUACAGCAGAGAAAACAGAAAUGGGUGAACCAGGGCAAGGGCAUUCUGAUUUGCCUUACUCUGUUUUCAGAGUGGGAGGACUACAAACAUCACAGCUGAAACCUGAACACUCUGGUCUAGCACAUUCCCUCAACAAAGUACAGGAAAAAAUCCAGCUGGGGUUGGAAGAGCCAGGAGCAUUGUAUGGCCAUGACAAAAUAGAGAAACUCCCACCUGAACAGCUGGAGCCAGGCCAUGCAACCUUGGCAUCCCUGACCAGGGAACUGGGGCAACAAGGGAUGGAGCACACAGGUGUGGAAUGCUCUGAAGAGGAACAGUCUGUCAGCAGAGCAGAACAUCCACAAGCUUCAAAGGAGAAAGUGAGAACUCCAGAUGCACCAUCCCAGAGCGGAGAAAUGGAGCAAAGAGAAAUGUUAAAAGCAGAGCUAGAGCAUUCUGAUUCACUGCAUUCCAUUGAUAAAGCAAAGCCACAAGAAACUACACAACCAGUGUUAAAAAAACCAGAUCUGUCAUCUUGGCCUGGCACAACAGAGCAAGGACAAACUGCUGGAGAGGAGAAGCCAGGCUUCUUACAUUCUUUCAAAAAAGAGGCACAAGGCAAGAAAGCACAGACAGAAUUGGGACAUUUAGAAUUAUGUCAUUCUCUCAGUGAGGCAGAACAAGAAAUUUUAAAUGCAAAAUCACAGCAUUCAGAUUUAUCUGCUGGCAGAUUAGAACACCAUGAAAUCAUACAGCCAGAGACAGAAAUAAUGGAUUUAUCAUGUUCAAUUGAUGAAACACAGCAAACUCAAAUUGCUGAUGAGGAUUUGGAGUGCCUGGAUUUAUUUCAUUCCACUGGCACAGUAGAGCAAGAAAAGAUUCAACCAGAGCAAGAGAAGACAGAUGAAUUUUCAUCAUCUCUCAGCAAAGCAGAGGAGUGGAAAGAUGCAGGAAUGCAGGCAGAACACCCUGAGCUGCAGCGCUCUAUGGAUAAAACAGAAAGACUGCAAAAUUCCCAAGCAAAUUCAGAAUAUGUAGAUUUGUCAUUCUCUGUUGGUACAGCAGAACCUCAUAAAACAACACAGCCAGAGCUGAAAGAACAGAGUUUGUUGCAUUCAUUUGUCAAAACAAAGCCAUCGUGGGCUGCCCCACCAGAGUCUGAACAUGCAAAUGUCAUGGACAAAGUACUGCACAUGGAUUUGCCUGCUUCUGUUAGUGAAGAAAAACAAAGUGCACAGCUGGAGGUGAAACAGGAGAGGGGAAGUUAUACAUUACACACAGAGGAAAUAGUACAACUAAAAUUGGAACAACCAGUGUUUUCAAGUCCUCAUGGCAUGGAAGCGCAACCAAAUACAUCCCCAGUGGAAGGGAAGUUCCUAGACUUCUAUUCCUCUGGCAAAACAAAAAGCCAGGACACUGCACAAGCAGAGUUCAUGCCUUCUGGUGUUUUGUAUUCCACAGAAAAAUCAGAACAGUUGGAACCAGAACAACUGCAUUCAAAACAUCCAGAUUUGUCAUACUCUCUUGGCGAAGCAGAGAUUGAUGUAAUAAAGCAGUUAGAUUUAUCAUAUUCCUAUGGCAAGAAAGAGCAAUCACAGAUUGCCCAGCUGGAGCAUCCAGAGAUACCAUAUUUUAGUGGUGAAACGAACUGGAGGGAUGGGGUCCAACCAGAACAGCCACAUGUUAGUUUGCAGUCCUCUGAUAAUGAGACAGAGCAGCCAGAAACACUUUCUGUAGCAGAUACCUUCAUCAGGACUGAAGAGCAGCGAACUGCACAACCAGACUUCAAACAAUCAGAUUUAUUAAGUCCUACUGACAAAGCAGAAAAGCGUGAAAUGGCCCCACUGAGACCAGGACAUUCACAGAACCGAGACACUGGUGCUCCUUCAUCUCGAAGUGCUCAGCUGGAAACUGAACAACAACAUUUAUUGUUUUCUACUGAGGAAGCAGACAGCCACAAAAUUCAACCGUAUUCAUCUCUUAUUGAACAAACUGUGUCUGUACCUUUGGGUGAUCCACACACUGUCUCUGAAACAAGCCCUGAAGGAAGUCCAAAGUGUUCAGCUGUAACUGGAGGCUCAUCCCCCAAACGUUUAGAUAUAUCUUAUUCCUGCUAUAAAACAGAACACUCAGAAACUUCCCUGCCUGAGCCAGGGUCCUUUUUUGCAAGAAAAGAAGCAGAGAAUACUAAAAGUCCUCUAGGUUUGCCUGUAGCUGCAAAGUCAGAGGCUGAAUGUGAACUUUCACCUGAAGCUGAGAGAGAACAGACUCCACAUUACUUCCACACAGCUACACAAUUAGAAUCUGAACAACAAAACUUAUCAUAUUCUACAGAUAAAACAGAAACACUGGAAAGUCAGGAUUACUUGACUGUACCUUCAAAACUGCAAUCUGAAUCUUCAGUUCCAUUUUAUUCAACUGAUGAAACAUGUCAGCAAGAAGUUCCACCCUAUUCAAAACCAGCCUCUGAAUAUUUGGUCGCCACACGGACCCUUGCCAAAGAAGAAAAUGAAAGUAUGCAGCCACUCAUUACCCAGCCCAGACAGUCAGAGUGUGAACAUGUAAUUCCACCACACAAUGAAAUAGAGUUGCAAAAAAUUCAACUCAGUUCACUUGAAACAGCAAGCUUAAAGACAGUGCGCCUGGAGAGUAUGUCUCAAAUACAAGACCAAGACAAGCCAGAAUUUUGUGCAUUGGACACAACAUAUUUGACUCCAGACCAGCUAAGAAGUCACCCCAAAUUCACUACUGAGCAAUAUGAACAAGAAAUGCAACCUGAUGUACAGACAGUGCCAAGGUCAGUGAUCACAGAGUCCAAGGUGACUGGUGUAGCAGACCAGCAAGAAGUGUUAUCAGAGUCAUUUAUACCUUUCAAUAAAUUACCUGGAAAUUCAGAACUUGAAAAGUCAGUGUCAGUGGCUCUGACUGAUGGUGAAGAGAAGCAAAAUAUUCCAUCAUCUUUAUCUGAUGUAGCAGACAUGCUUGGAAAGCAAUCUAAAAAAGUUUCAGACAUUUAUAUUGAAGGAGAGCAUAGAUGUGAAAUGCAACAAUAUUUUGAAGACCAAAAGCAUACAACUUUGGAGCAUCUGGGAGUUGUUCCAUCAGACCUUGUUCAUGAAACUGUGACACACAAAACUCAGCAUUAUUCUGGUGAAUUGGGCAGCCUUUCUUCAGCAGAGAUUAUGCCCCUUAGCUCAAGUUCUGAAGAAAAGCAGAACCCAGAUAUUCCAUCUUUUGGGUUGGCUAGCUGGCUGGUAGAAGAGGUGAAAGCUCGCUCAAUUAGUCCAAUAGGGGCUGCAGAUGUAGACAUGCAAGGAGUUCAUCUUAUUCCAAAUGAAGCUUCUGAUUUUGGAUCGAAACAAUUCCCAGCUGGAAGUUGCACAGAAUUUACAGUUCAGGGAAUUACAGAGAGUAAGGGACAUGCAUUUAGAGUUUCUGAAUCAGUGUCAAGUACAUCUCCUCACAGAAAGUCCUCAGACACUAGUCCCAGAACACAAAGGUAUGAUUUACCAUCUCUGGCAGGAGAAAAUCGAGGUCCAGAUAAACUUUUGGGGCAUGAAACUAGUACUUUACAUCCUACAAAAAUUGAAGCAGUGCAACAUCUGGAGGCAGGCAAAACAUCUGAAGUGCCUGAACAUUACCUGAGAGGAGAAGAGGAAGAAAUUGAAUAUGGAAGUGUUGUAAAAGACAGUCAGGGUGCUCUGGAGACUACUGAACAAAAAGAUCUAUUUAAUAUAAUUUCAGAAGGUUAUGAAAUACUCAAUAUUCAUGCACCUACACAUAUUUCUUCGGUUGAUCAAGAAGAAAGUAAACACAUGCCUGAUAAAUUAGAAUACUUGGAAACAAAUCCUUCAUUUAGAAGAAAAGUAGCUGAGGAUGGCCAGGGAGCCCUAACUUCUGGAAGAACCACAGAAAUUUCAGAAAGCUCAGUACUGGGAGCUGCAAGCCAUGAACUAAUAGAAUUGGUCAAAAAGGAUGAUGCUGAGGAAACUGAAGAAACUCAACAAGAAAACUUCCUGUUGCCAGAAAACAAUAAUUAUGCCAAGUUGGAUCCUAAUAAUGGUACUGUUGAUAUGGAUUAUUUUGAAAAAUACACAUUGAUUGAUGACAAAUCCCCAAUUAAGCCACAAUUUGAAAGACGAAGUUCAUUGUCUCCUGUGACAGAAGACCCCAAUGAAUCUGUGGAAGAAGCUGAAUCUUUUAAAGAAAGUACUGAGGUAGAUACUUUGGAAGAGUUUUCCUUACUUGAGGACCUGGAUGAAGUCUUUUAUGGUACCAUAAAAGGAGAAAGCAAAAUGCAGUCCUAUGCAGAUGCUUCAAAACCUUUACCACUGCAGAAAUCAAUUGAUUCUACCAGUAAAAGCAUUACAAAUGUAGAAGAUGAAUGGAAAUCACCAGGGACCCCACUCUUUGAUUCAGAAGAAGGAGUGCUAGAACGAUCCCUCUUGUUCCCUACCACUGUUGCUGCAGUUAACCCAGAGCUUUUAGAGGAGCCACCUGCCCUAUCAUUUUUAUACAAGGACCUCUAUGCAGAAGCUGUAGGAGAGAAGACAAAGGAUGAGACUCCCUCUGAUGAAGAAAGUGGUAAUUCUAAUGCUUCUUUCCCUAGUAGAAAUUCAGACACAGAUGAUGGAACUGGAAUGUAUUUCGAAAAAUACAUUCUUAAAGAUGAAAUUCCAAGUAAGCCCAUAGGGCCUCAAAAAGACCAGCUAUCAGAAGAUGAGUCCUUUAGUGGAGGAAUUUUGGUUUGCAGUUCAGAGAAUAAGCAGAAGCAGGGAUCUGGUGAUGUUCAAUAUGUCAAAACUGAGGUUCUGUCAGAAAGAGAUGUUAAGGAGAGAGACAAAUUACAGGUUGACAGCAACAUUCAAGCCAAAAUUUGCAAGCCAAUGCAUGCCAUUCCUUUUGGAAGCAAAACAGUUCUUUCAAGUGCAGGAACUGGUAUCACUGAACAAAGAGAAGAAGAAAAUGUACCAUUAGAAAAAACUGAAGAGCUGCCAGAGCAGUCAAGUCAACAAGAAUACAGUCUUCAAGGGGAUUAUCAGGGAGCUGCAUAUCAAGAAGCUACUACUAAGCAGGAAGAACAGCAAGAUAUAACAGCAAUUCCUCAAACGGAAAAGUAUGUUCCAUAUGUCAGGGCUCCCACUGAAGACAGUGUAGAUUAUCUGUUUACUCAGGAACAUCUGUCCUGUGUUCCUACCACUCAGGAAACAGAGAAUCCAGACUUGCAAAGAGAGGAGCAGCACCAUGAUGUUUAUGAAGAUUUCGCUGAGUCAAUGGACUAUGAUGUGAUUACACAAGAAGAGCUUUUGCAAGAUGAAAUAUCAUCUCAAUUUACACACGAGGAGCUAUUAUUUGAAGACAGGGACUCCUUUGAUCAUGCUGCUGAUAGUUAUGAAUUUGUUAAUGAGCCAGAACAAAGAAGUCCUGUUGAGCUUGAAGAUUCAGGCUUUGUGGUGAUGUAUCCUGAAAAAUCAGCCACAAACAUUCCUCAAGUUGAGAGCCCACAAAGAGAACUGAAGAAAGCACAAGUAGACACUUAUUGUUACAACUGCAAAUGCCCAAUAUCUGCUAUUGACAAACUUUUUGGAGAGCAUAAAGACCAUGAAGUCACAACACUAGAUGAUGCUGCAACCAAGAUGAAGGAUCAGUUAAGUAAAUUGCUAACAGCACUGGAAGAAAAGUCAAUGAAGAUUGAAGAGUUUGUGAGUGAUAUUGAAUUGCGAUUUAACUCAGUUGAGGAAAACUGUAAGAAAAAUGCAGACUUACUGGAAAAGCAGAAUGAAGAGAUGCUUAAGAAAGUGGUAGCACAAUAUGAUGAGAAAUCAGAGAACUUCGAGGAAGUGAAGAAGAUGAAAAUGGAGUACCUGUAUGAGCAGAUGGUAAAUUUCCAGCAAACUGUUGAUUCAGCAAAGGAAACGUUGGAGACAACAGUAAAAGAAACAGAUGAAGUGGAUGGAUUUGUUUUCCUAAAUUCAUCUAAAGAAUUGAAUAAAAGGUUACUUUCUGCAAUGGAUACCACUCUCUCUUUAGAGAAGGUGCCCAGUGCUUUUUCACUGUUUGAGCACUAUGCAGACAGUCCAGGACAAAGCAAUCAACACUCCUUACAACACAUGGCUGUCCCACAGACACCAACUGUCAUACCUCAGGAGCCAAACUCAGCCACCAGCACCUCCAUUGCCGUCUACUGGGCUGUGAAUGACGGGGAUACCAUCGACUGCUUCCAGGUCUACUGUAUGGAGGAGCUGCAAACCAGCAAAGAUGCAGGGGCCUUAAUGGAAGAGUACAGAGUGACAGUGAAAGAGAGCCACUGCAUUCUGGAGGACCUGGAGCCAGAUCACUGCUACAGUGUGUGGGUCAUGGCUGUGAAUGGAACAGGCUGCAGUUUACCCAGUGAAAAAGCCAUUUUUAAAACAGCACCCGCUGUGCCCACCAUCAAGGCCGAGGACUGCACCGUGUGUUGGGACACAGCCACGGUCCGCUGGCGCGCCGCCCCCGCGUCCGCCGAGUCCUUCAUCGUGGAGUACUGCCGGCAGCACUCGCCCGAGGGAGAAGGGCUCAGAUCUUUCGCUGGUAUAAGGAAACCUGAAUUGAAAGUAUCCCUGGAGCCUAAUGUGAACUAUUUCUUCUACUUGAGGGCUGUCAACCCUUUUGGGAUAAGUGAACAAAGUGAAGCAGCACUCAUCUCAACUAAAGGAACUCGAUUUCGCCUGCUGAGUGACACAGCGCAUCCUGCAUUGCAAAUCUCUUCUAAUGCAACAGUGAUCCACCUUCCUGAAAAAACCAAACUCACUGGAUUUCCUUCAGUCCUGGGUGAACUGCUGCCUGCUCAAGGAUGUCAUUACUGGGAAAUUGUUGUCUCUGCCUGCAGAAGCUACAGGAUUGGGAUUUGCUAUGAGGCAAUAACGCAGAGCAAUGUCCUGGGGUUGAGUGAUACCUCAUGGUGCAUGAGGUGCUGUCCUACACAAACCAGCUUUCUUUACAGAUUUCUUCACACUGGUGUGAUGAGUGAUGUCCAUGUGACGGAGCACCUGGCCAGGAUUGGCAUCCUGUUGGAUUACAGUAGUGGCAGGCUAUUGUUCUUCAAUGCAGAGAGAGGACUGGUGCUGUUUGCCAUCAGGCACAAAUUCACUGAUGCUGCUUACCCAGCCUUUGCCCUGGAGAAGGCAGGAGUGCUUACCCUGUGCACGGGAAUGGAGCUGCCAGAGUUCGUGAAGCAGAGCUAAUCUCCUGCCUCACAGUUUCCAGAAAAGUGGCAAAUACAGCGUCAGGGGAUAAGGAGAGGAAGAGGUAUGCCAGAAAGGGAUAGCUAGUCUUCACUGAUGAGUGCUAUGUGCACAACUCUCCUUCACAUCAUCAGUAAUUGUAGUUACUGCUCAGAUGCAUAAUCACCCUGAGCCCAGAAGAAAAUCAACUCCUUCAGAUGGAGAAUGCACCUAGUAAUACACAGAGCAGUACUUCCAAGGGGAUAAAGAAGUUUUGUUAGAUAUGAUAGUGCUAGCUGUCUUUUUAAAGUUAAUUAUGAACCCACGUAUGAAAUAAAUGCAUUUCUCACUGCAAUACAUGAAAGUAGCUGUUUUAUCAUUUGCCAGGACAGUCAGAACCUGAAUGCAAGAUUAUGUGCUUGGAAAAUGUAUAAAAAUUUCAACAACUGAAACAUGCUGCAAAUUGAUAUAUCCUGUGCCAUUGUUUGCAGUGGACAAUAAGAAAAGUUGUUCACACAGAG